GAGAGGAGAGAGAAAGCUGUUGAAGGAAGGAGUAGUCACACAUAGAUCUAGCUCCUAGUCACUAGCACCUUCUCACACAACGAUGUCUAGGAGCUGCCUCUGAAGGAAAGCAGGAGGCAAGAAGCCAAAGAAAACAGGAAUUCACUGCACUUUGGAGACAACAUUCAUUAUCAUUUUUUUAUUUCCUUUUAAUUCCCAUUCAAAGAGUCAGGAUUGGGGGGCUGAAGGUAACCAGUCAUAUCCAAACCAUGGACACGUCAGGUCACUUCCAUGAUUCAGGAGUUGGAGACAUGGAAGAAGACCCUAAGUGCCAGUGUCCUGUUGCUGGGGACGAAAGCCACCAGCAUUCUCUCAACCAGCUGCAGAGCCAGACAUAUCACCACAGCCUGUUGCACUCCUCGCCAACUGGUUACAGGGCUCCUCCUUCCGCAAACACCACCACCGCUCUCCACCCUUCCUCCAGGCAGGGCAGCCAGCUCAAUUUAAAUGACCACUUGGUUGGACACUCUCCAACUUCGGCGUCUACAAGUGGUGCUGGAGGAGGAUGCAAGCACAGACAAGCCAGUCCUCUCGUCCACAGAAGGGACAGCAACCCAUUCACCGAAAUAGCCAUGAGCUCUUGUAAAUACACAGGAGGGGUGAUGAAGCCCCUCAGCCGACUAAGUGCCUCCAGAAGGAAUCUGAUAGAGUCGGAGCCGGAGAGCCAACCUCUACAGAUCUUCAACUCCAGCAACCCACCGGAGAUAGUCAUCUCGUCCAAGGAUGAGCACCGCUCUAACCAGACUUUGCACCACCACCCCAAUGCCACUCACAAUCACCAAAACUCAGGCAAUAACAGCAUCAACAACUACCCAAAAGCCAACAAGAGGAAAAAUCAAAAUAUUGGAUACAAGCUGGGACACAGGAGGGCACUUUUCGAGAAGAGGAAGAGGCUUAGUGACUACGCCUUGAUAUUCGGGAUGUUUGGGAUAGUUGUAAUGGUCAUUGAGACUGAACUGUCUUGGGGUUUGUACGAAAAGGACUCCAUGUUUUCCCUGGCCUUGAAAUGCCUUAUAAGCUUCUCCUCCAUCAUCCUAUUGGGUCUGAUCAUCGCUUACCAUGCAAGGGAGGUACAGCUCUUUGUCAUAGACAAUGGUGCAGAUGACUGGAGGAUUGCGAUGACCUAUGAGAGGAUAUUCUACAUCAGCCUGGAGCUGCUGAUCUGUGCCAUUCACCCUAUCCCCGGAGAAUACAAAUUCUUCUGGAACGCUCGACUGGCGUUCUCUUACACACCGUCCCAGGCUGAGGCAGAUGUAGACAUUAUUCUUUCUAUACCAAUGUUCCUGAGGCUUUAUUUGAUAGCCCGGGUCAUGCUUUUGCACAGCAAGCUCUUCACGGACGCCUCAUCCCGCAGCAUAGGGGCGCUCAACAAAAUCAAUUUCAACACCCGCUUUGUGAUGAAGACUUUGAUGACCAUCUGCCCGGGAACGGUUCUUCUGGUCUUCAGCAUUUCCCUGUGGAUUAUUGCUGCCUGGACUGUACGGGUGUGUGAGAGGUACCAUGACCAACAAGAUGUGACCAGCAACUUUCUAGGGGCAAUGUGGCUCAUCUCUAUUACGUUCCUCUCCAUCGGAUACGGUGAUAUGGUGCCAAACACCUACUGUGGAAAAGGCGUCUGUCUGCUCACUGGCAUUAUGGGCGCUGGAUGUACCGCCUUGGUGGUAGCUGUGGUUGCCAGGAAACUGGAGUUGACAAAAGCCGAGAAACACGUCCAUAAUUUUAUGAUGGAUACACAGCUUACCAAACGGAUAAAAAAUGCAGCUGCUAAUGUCCUGCGAGAAACGUGGCUAAUUUACAAGCACACCAAGCUGUUAAAGAAGAUCGACCAUGCCAAAGUCCGCAAACACCAGAGAAAGUUUCUUCAGGCCAUUCACCAACUUAGGAGUGUAAAGAUGGAACAGAGAAAAUUGAGUGAUCAAGCCAACACUCUGGUGGAUCUCUCCAAGAUGCAGAGCGUGAUGUAUGAUCUUAUCACUGAACUGAACGACAGGAGUGAGGAUUUGGAGAAGCAGAUCGGCAGCCUGGAAACCAAGCUGGAUCAGAUCACCUCCAACUUCAACACACUUCCUGCCCUAAUUGUGGAUGCCCUGCGUCAACAGCAGCAGCACAUCCUUUCUGUUGUCCUGGAAUCCCGCGGACUUGGCGUUGCUGUGGGGACUCCCCAGACCCCUUUAUCGGACAGCCCCAUGGGGAUCAGUUCAGCAUCCUUUCCAACGCCACACACCAGUUCGAGUAGCUGUUGAGCGGCAAAGGAAGAAGCGAGGCAUUAGUUGCCCAAAAUGUAUCUUCUCUCUAGAAAUAUUAGGAGGGGCUCAGCUCUCUAAUCAGACUGCUGGGUCCCUGAACAUUAUGUAAUCUCAGCUAACCUGUGGCAGGACCUCACUGUAGGAAAGAAUGGCCAGCCUUUGCGGUCUAACAUCGGAGGCGCAGAACGAAUACCACAAGAAAAAGAGAUCUAAUCAUUCACUGCCAAGUAGCCUGCAAUGCUUUGCAAAGAAGAAAAGGGGGUGAUACAACCCCAAAGCUCUUGUCCGUAUGCUCAUUGUUCUUCCCUAGUUCCUUAUGGUCAAAAACAGACCUCAAAACGUUCAGGCACUUUUAAUGGAUAAAUAUAGGGUCCUUUGUAAUUACUGGAAAAAAUCUUGCGUGUUGCCGGAUUCCUACAUUAUCAUAAAGGAGUUACUGCAUAUGGAUGGACAUCCAUCUCUAAUGCAAGCAAGGGCACUCCUAGUGGUAAGAGCAAGGUACUGCCAUUUGCUAAGGACGAGGCAAGUGGAAUGAAGAAUUAUCAAAGGGGUACACUUUACACAAAAAAAAUAUAAAUAUAAAAACAAAAUGUGGGCUAUUACAGGCCGUUAUGGUAUUACUCUAACGCAAAGUUCAAGUUUUCCUUGCAUGUGGCAUUUGUGUGCCAAUGUUUUAUGGGGUACAACUUCACUUAAAUCUUUUUUUUUUUUUUGGCACAAUUCUGUGCUUGGCAUACAGAUGUAUUUAUAUUUAUAUACAGUAAACUGGCUGGCAUUUGACUCAAAUGUACAGCAUUGAUAAAAAAUAAAAUAAAAAAAAACCUCUGCUACCUCUAAGGUGGCUAAAAUAAUUGAAUACGCUUCGCCUGCCCGUGCUCCCGGUGAGUCCACAACAUAUUUUUGCCUUAGUACAUAUGGAACACUUUCGAGGGCACACUGUUUUUGCACCAAAACCCACUCAAAAGCGCUCUUCCAGUGUGUGUUAAGCUUUGCGUGGAAAGCGACUGAUGUUGCAGUAGAGCGUGUGAAUGUGGAGUGCUAUAUAAAUCACUGUGGAUAUGACAGUCUGUGUGGCUCACAGCUGCACGAACGGGGACUUAAAAAAAUAAAUAAAAAAUAUGAUGACAAUUGGAGCAGUGGCUCCUGCUAUGCCUUGUACUGAGAAGGACAGCUGUGAACCUGUAAAAGGACCCCCAAAAAGACAAUAACUACCAUAUUUAAAAAAAAACAAAACUGCAGAAUUUAUGCUUCAAACAAUCAAGUGUAUCCCACACUGCUCUGGAGAUGAAUGGCACUCUGCAAUGAACAUGCCAACAAUGAUGCCGCAUACAGUUACUGCAGUCAUUUUGGCAGAUUUUUUUUUUUUUUUUUUUUUUAAACAGACGGUACAAUUACACCCAUUGCUCCCAUCAGCUUAGAAAGUGGGUUGAACUCCACAAACAAAGUUGGGUGCUUAAUAUAGUAAUCUGGCUCCCAGGUUCUAUGAAAUCAAUUUUUGCUCCUGUUUUUCUUGGUAGUACUACUACUGCUGUAGAAGACAGAAUACUUCUAGUCUGGCAAGUUUGUAUCCAGGCCUUUACAAACCAAUCUAAUAACGCACGACAACUGGGAAUGGGUCUACACCAAUCAUCUCUCUAUGAAAUGCUAGAUAAAAACUGUAUCAUGAUUUGAAAAGGCAUCAGAGAGCAUGAUUGGAUUUGUGUGUGCAAUGCUGUGGAAAGAAAAAUAGUAGUGAGCCACAUUUCUAUUAUAGAAUAUUCUUUAGGGUUUCCUGUUCCGCUACAACGGGUAGGAGGCUGCAGUAACUUGUGCAGCCGAGUUAUACUCGGCAUUGCUCAAUAAUACCGCAUGUUUACAUCUAUAGAGUUACAUUUGUUUCUGAGCAGAUUGGGCAUUAUAGAACGACCGUUACUGUGUAGAAAAGAGAACUUGGAAUCAUCAUCUGCUUCUUAGCUCUAACAACAACAGUAUCUGCCACUUCGGAGGAAACGCACAAAACAACACACUACAGGGAUUGUCCAGAAUCGUAUAUAGAGAGUAUUAUAAACCCAGUAAACUGGGCAUCCCAGCUCCGUCGCUCACAUUCCAGACACUCAGUGUUAUUCCUACAAAACAAAGUAUUAUAUAAACACACAUCCCUCUACAAAAAGAUCACUAAACACAUUUGGCCUAAAAAAAUGUGGAACAGGGAAACAUCAGGUAAACAUGGAACAUUGUUUUACAUUUAGGUUUGGAUUCCUUUUAGUGAACACACAUAAUGAAACCUCUGUGAUGUGGUUUUGAUUUUUUGACAGAUGAUAGAGGUAGUGUGAGUGAUCUUACAUGAAGAUGGGGGUGGGGACAGUCCUUUUCAUUUAUUUUUUUAAAUAAUAUAUUAUAAACAUCUCCCAGUUAAAGCAUAUAUAUAUUUUUUUUAAAAAAGAUAAUGCAACAGUAAAGUUUACGUGUGUGUUAUAGAGGAAAAAAAGUGUCAUAUAAAGGGUUACUAGUUAUUUUUUAUUAUUUUGUAUUUAUCUUUAUUUGCUAACUGAGAUGAUUGCAAGCCUUUAAAACCCUUAGAAUUCAGUUAGUCCACUAAAAACAGGUAUUGCAAGAUAUUAAUUGCAUCUAACUUCUACUACAAUAUAUCAUAUAUCUAAAAAAUACACACACAAACUGCUAGGCAUCAGAUGCAUGGAAUAUAAUAUGAGAACAAAUAUUUCCAGGUGCAGAUUUUACCACAAGAAGACAAUAUAUUGAAUAAACAAUGCCAGCUCUGCCAAAGAGGCUUCAAAGGGACACUUUUGUCACCAAAACAACUUUAGUUUAAUGAAGCAGUUUUGGUGUAUAGAUCGUGGCCCUGCAGUUGCACUGCUCAAUUCUCUGCCAUUUAGGAGUUAAAUCACUUUGUUUAUGCAGCCCUAGUCACACCUCCUUGCAUGUGACUUGCUUGACCUUCCUAAACACUUCCUGUAAAGAGACAUCUAAUGUUUACACUUAAUUUCUUGCAAAUUCUGUUUAAUUUAGAAUGUUGUAUCUGCUGCACUGUUAAUAGCUUGCUGGACCUUGCAGGAGCCUCCUGUAUGUGAGUAAAGUUCAAUUUACGGAGCAGGAGGUAAAAAAUUUUUAAGUGAUUCAAAAAAUUUUUUUUUCAUGCAGUCUGUGUCACUCAUAGCCAGUGGAGGUGUGGCAAGGGCUGCAUAAACAGAACCAAAAGUGCUUAGACUUCUAAAUAGCAUAAAAUUAUGCAGUGAGACUUCAGAAGCAUGAUCUGUACACAAAAACUGCUUCAUGAAGCUAAAGUUGUUUUGGUGACAAAAGUGUCCCUUUAACUCUCCCAUUUGAGUUUUUUUCUGUUUCUUUUAGAUCAGUGUUUUUCUCAGAGUUUGUAUUGUUUUUCCAGUGUAUUGUUCUCCUGUGGUGCACUGUGAACAUAGAAACGUGUACCCCCCAUUGAUGCAAUAUUUCGUGUAUCUGACGCCUUAUACCUGCAUGACUAUAUAAUUUUCAGCUACAUACUUAAAUUCCCCCGAAAAAGGGACCUCAGUGUUCUGAAAAAAAAUUGCAGUUAUCCAAUAACGGUAUAACCUUUACAUCACUUUCAUGAUAUUUUUUUAUCACAGAAGUAGUUUUCUUCAAUUAAGCUAGACGUGCAAUUUAUCUAUAUAUUUUCUAGAAAUCAGUAGGAUUUAGCGCAGGAUUGUGUCUAAUUACAAACUGAAUUUACUGCACUUUUAAUAAAUUGCCCUGGUCAGGUGGAAGACUUAGAGACUUUGGUUGAACAUUAGCAGUACUCUUCUGAAUAUACUCAGGAGGUGCUACCAGGCAAAAUCUAGCUAGCUGUGCCAAUGGCAUUCCAAUAAAGAGGGCAGAAAUUAAGAAGCAAGUUCUAUUGGGCAGGAGGUAGAUCGAUUAAAAGUAUACAUAAAAAAAAUUGAGUGGG